UUUCCAGGUUUCUGCCCUUUCGUUCUGAAGUCUUUGUUUCAGCUGAUUAUUGUUGCAUCCAGUGCAGCAACCUCAAAUAUUUACUGUCUGUGGCUGUCGUUCCCAUUACAUGCCUCAGAGAGGCAGUACUUGUUACUACUUGCAGUCUUAACACUGACUUUUCUGUUGUCAGUUAAGAAUGGAGGUUCGUGGCCCUCAGAGGAAUCCCAGGUACUUCUCUGACCUGUAUCAGAACAUGCUAUGGGCUGAAGGGCAAGGGCGGCGGCAGAAGCCGCCAGCAGUCCCUACAAGCAGCAGCAUGACUCUUUGGGGCAGUACCCCGGCCAAGGGCGGCCCCCAGCAGGAUAAGCAGGUAAACAGCAGUUCCUCCAGCUGUGAUCCAGCGUUACGGCCCAUCAUACGCCGCCGAGCCCGAUCUUUGCCUACAUCGCCUGAAAGAAGGAAGCGAGCAGAAGUUCAGUGUCAAGUUCCUGGAUGCUUGAGUCGUAUGAACCGGGUGAGAUUUGCUGAUGCUUUGGGCUUGGAGCUCACUGAAGUGAAAGUCUUCCAGAGUGGGGAGGAUCCAUCGAUCCCCUUGCAUGUCCUUUCCAGGCUCUCCAUAAACUCAGACCUCUGGUACAGCGGCUCGGACUUAGAGUUUACUAUGCAGUGCUUGGUCCCUGACUUCCAGCAGCCUGCAGACUCUGUGGAUUUCUCCUCCCGACUUCAGGAGCAGCAGGUGUGUCUUGAACGAGUGACCAGCUCAGAUCUGGGCAUCAGUGGCAGCAUUCAUGUUCACAAUAUUGCUUUUGAGAAGAUGGUGUCUGUGCGAUACACCUUCAACCAGUGGAAAAGCUUCUGUGAACUCUGUGCACAGUGGCACAGUAGCAUUCCUGAGAAAAACGGGCAGAAUCGGGUUGAUGUUUUCACGUUCUUUCUCCAUGUGCCUCCUUUCCUCCUCCAGCUGUGCUCUGUAGUCCAGUUUGCAGUAAGGUACCAAGUCAAUGGCCAGGAGUACUGGGACAACAACAGAGGCAAAAACUACAGUCUUACCUGCUGGAGUCACCCCCUUAAGAUGCCUAGAGAAUGUGAGGGGAGCUGGAUCCACUUCAUCUGAAUAAAGUGGAUGUAGAGCAGCUUGUCAGUAGUCCUGGUGGCACUCUUUUCCUUGGCAGGGCCCUCUGCUCCUAUGGCAACAGUCUCCCUUUUGAAACCUACCAAACCUGGUAAAAUGUUCCAGGGAAGGGAAGCAGCCAAUGACCCAUGCAAACUGUUCUAAACCUCUUAGAAAGUCAAAAGGGCCAAAAUGGGCAUUGACUUAAAUCUGCUGAAAGCCUGUGUGAAUUCUUCUAGUGUUUGAGUUGUUACAGAAUAGUUCCUGGGGAUGCUGCCAGAC